AUGGAUAUCUUCCCACCAAUAAACACAGCAACUUACAUUCUUCUUUUUUCUUUUUCUCGCUCUUCUUUUUUUCUUUUUCUUUUUUCUUCUUUCUUUUUUCUUCUUCAUUUUUCUUCUUUUCUCUCUCUUUCCUUUUUCUUCUUUUUUCUCUUUCUUCUUUUCUUCUUUUUCUUUUUUCUUCUUUCUUUUUCAUUCUUCAUUUUUCCUUUUUUCUCUCUCUCUUCUUUUUUCUUCUUUCUUUUUCUUCUUCAUUUUCUUCUUUUUCUCUCUCUUUCCUUUUUCUUCUUUUUUCUCUUUCUUUUUUUUCUUUUCUUUUUUUCUUCUUUCUUUUUCAUUUCUUCAUUUUUUUUUCUUUUCUCUCUCUUUCCUUUUUCUUUUUUUUCUCUUUCUUCUUUUCUUCUUUUCUUUUUUCUUCUUUUUUUUCAUUCUUCAUUUUCUUUUUUUCUCUCUCUUCUUUUUCUUCUUUCUUUUUUCUUCUUUUUUUCUUCUUUUCUCUCUCCUUUUCUUCUUUUUUCUCUUUCUUCUUUUCUUCUUUUCUUUUUUCUUCUUUCUUUUUCUUUUUUCUUCAUUUUUUUCUUUUUUCUCUCUUUCCUUUUCUUCUUUUUUUCUCUUUCUUCUUUUCUUCUUUUUCUUUUUUCUUCUUUCUUUUUCAUUCUUCAUUUUUUUUCUUUUCUCUCUCUUUCCUUUUUCUUCUUUUUUCUCUUUCUUCUUUUCUUCUUUUUCUUUUUUCUUCUUUCUUUUUCAUUCUUCAUUUUUCUUUUUUUCUCUCUCUCUUCUUUUUUCUUCUUUCUUUUUUCUUCUUCAUUUUUCUUCUUUUCUCUCUCUUUCCUUUUUCUUCUUUUUUCUCUUUCUUCUUUUCUUCUUUUUCUUUUUUCUUCUUUCUUUUUCAUUCUUCAUUUUUUUUCUUUUCUCUCUCUUUCCUUUUUCUUCUUUUUUCUCUUUCUUCUUUUUCUUCUUUUCUUUUUCUUCUUUCUUUUUCAUUCUUCAUUUUUUCUUUUCUCUCUCUUUCCUUUUCUUCUUUUUCUCUUUCUUCUUUUCUUCUUUUCUUUUUUCUUCUUUCUUUUUCAUUCUUCAUUUUCUUUUUUUCUCUCUCUUCUUUUUUUCUUUCUUUUUUUCUUCUUCAUUUUUCUUCUUUUCUCUCUUUCCUUUUUCUUCUUUUUCUCUUUCUUCUUUUCUUCUUUUUCUUUUUUCUUCUUUCUUUUUCAUUCUUCAUUUUUCUUUUUUUCUCUCUCUCUUCUUUUUUCUUCUUCUUUUUCUUCUCUUUCUUUUUCUUUUUCUUUUUCUUCUCCAUUUUCACUAUCAUAUCUCGCUACUCCAAAAUUUCUAUCACCCAACACCGCAAAUUCCUACAAAAACUAA